CUCAUAGAUUUUCCCUAUAUUUUCCUCCCCUUGAAGAUCCUUGUCCAUAGCCCAUUCAUAGGGAACUCAUAUGAGCAAUACGAACCGUGGUCAACGUAGCCAUGCAAGGCAGAGUCGACCUCUCCCUAAUGAGCCCAACCCACUUGCAUGUACAAUAUGCAACCAUGUUUUCGCCAGUAAUCAAGCUCUUCUACAUCACAUUGAGGGUCACAUAAUACGAAAUGAGACUGCUUCUACGAUGAGAAGACAACAUGACAUGGGUCUAUUUUCCUCCAACACAAAUAUUUCUUCAAACUCUUCAAAUAUUAACCACCAAAAUCCUCUGUUUUCUCCUGAGCAAAUCAACAGCCCUGGCCUUCACCCCUAUCCUCAUCAGCCGCCCGUGGAUGCUCCUUAUCCUUCCUUUUUCAUGCCACAGGAACCAAACCAUUUCCCCUUCAUACCCUUUAACGGUGUCCUCGUUCCAGCAACAUCAUCAUCAUUAUCACGACCUCCAUUGUAUGCUAGGAAUGGCCAACCGUCUGUCCAUCCAUUGGCACCCCAUUUUGGUUACCAAGUACAGCGUAGAUCACAAGUGCAGCAGGAGCCUCCUCCCAACAACCACACCAGGCCACUUUUGAGUCAGUUGGAGCGUAAGAGGGAUAACGAACAUGAUAAUGGCAGCUCGAGUUCAAGCGCAUUGGAUGUGGAUCUUACAUUGAAGCUAUGAAGUAUAAGAAGAAUAUCUUGGGUUAUUAUUUAAAAAAUAAGAAGGGAAAAAUAAUGCUAACGUAGAGAGUUUCCCUAACUCUACAUAUUAUGCUAGUUUGUUGCAUCUUUUUAUUUUUAUUUUUUACAUUUAUGAUUAGACUAUCUUCGGAUUAAUUUUUCACAUAUUGAAACUAAUCUUUUUUUCAGUACACUUUUGGUACAUUUAAAAAAAUUAAUUUUCUUAU